AUGAAUAGUAAUAAGAAUUCACCAUCAACAUUACUUCCUUUAACUCAACAUCUGAAUCUACAUAAUGGUAACUAUGACAGUGAAAUCGAAGAUGUACUCAAAAUAUGGAUAUUGCCUACUAUCAACCAAAAUAUUCAUGAAGAUUUGUUAAGAAAUAAGUCCAUAGAAGAAAGAAAAUACUGUGACACUAAUAAUUACGCUAUGUCUGCAAAUGUGAAUUCAGCUAAAGAAUUGACGCUUUCCGAAUCAAACCAUAUACAAAUUAAUGAUAACAAUAAAUUCGCUUCAAAUUUAAAUCACAUCAUGAAACAAUUGUCACGGAAAUUGUGCAAACAGUACCUCCUUCCAGAUGAAUAUACUGAACUGGAAUCUGAACUUGAAAAGUCACUGAACAUUGCCAAAUCGAGUUCAAAUACAGUUUUGUAUGCAAAAUUUAAAAGUGACAACCAAUCAUUAAAUCAUAAAAAAGUGAAGCAUUUACACACAAAGAAUAAUUAUGAAGACCUUAACGAUUUUGAGAAAUACCAAUAUAAGGAUUUCGGAUAUGGUAUAAGCCAGAUAAAUGGUGAAAAUUUGGAGUACAUACUGAAUGGUAAACAUACAAAAUCACCAGGAAAACGAAUUUAUGACAAUAUUGUUCGUAAAGGGAAAUUGACUCAUAUGCGUAAUGAAAAGAAGAUUGCAAGUACUCAAGUUGUAUGCAAACAUAAAUACUGUGAAGAUGCAAAAUUAUUUUCGUCAAAUACUUUCACACGUUCAUCCAUGUGUGCACCGGAAUGUAGCAGCACGUUAGCAACACGUCGUCUGGAAAACGAUUUAAGCAAAUUGAUCCAACAAACGAGUGACAACGAAAACCAUAAUAUAAGUAACAAUGAGCAACCGUCCAUUUCUUUGGAAAAUGUUACACCUUUCAGCUUGACUGAGUGUCCAUUAUUGAUGGACCUUUUUGCGAUUCAGAAAGAAACUACUAACUCCUUAUCAAACCAGAAAGACUCUGCAUGUGAAUCAGAUAAUCUGUCUUCACUUAACGGUGAAUUGUACCCUUUCAAAAGCUCCCUUGAGUUUCUCAAAUCACCAACCCAUCAAUCAUUACCAAAAAUUAUUAAUUAUUCAACGUAUACGUCCGUCAUGUGGGAAAGUCUGAUGAAGUUAUUGAAUCACUUGAUAAAUGAAGAACGUUUGUUUUGGCAUAAAGAAUUACUAAACAGAAAUAAAUCUAAUAAUUCAGAGGUUGAGACGAUUGAUAUUAAAUCUUUACUCAGUGAUAUUGAUCGUUUUUAUUCGGAAGAAUUGCGCCUGCUAUGGAAGCAGGUUUAUGAAAGUUGGGUUCCGCGUGAUUAUCUACAAUAUUUUUCAGAUGAAACAAGAAAAGUGUUUAUCAAUUUAAAUCUUGUAAUUGAAAAAUUGCUAUCAUUUAUCGAGAAAGGAAACUGUGAUACAUCAUCAUCAUCACAUUCACACAUAGGUAAUCUGGAGAAUUUUGACGGCUUUAAAUGUUAUUCAAAGAAGUGUUUCAUUAACCAAGAUAGUCGUGAUAAGAAGCGUCGUUCAAUGAUUAACAGCAGAUUAUCUCAUUCGUGUAGUUCACUAAAUAAAAUUCAAAACAAUGGACAAUUAUUUAAUGAUCAACACUUGGAAUACAAUGAAAGUAAAAUAAGUUUUAAACAUAUGAGAGAAUUAUUAAAACUCAGUCAUCAACAGCUUUUAGAACAGAUUUAUCAUGUGACCGAGAUGGUUGGUGCCGCACUUGACACGGACAUGGAGGACGCUAUCAAUGGAGUACAUAUCUCUGCUGUCAACAAUCACAAGAACAUCAAUGAUAAUCAUUCUAACAAUAUUAUGAGCAAUAAGUUAACAACGAGUAGAAUGCUUACAAAUCCAUCAACUCCAGGUCUACAAGUUGUUGCUAAACUACUCAGUGCUAUACUUGAUUUAGAAACACGAUUAGACACAAUAUGUGAAAACCAAAUUAUAGCAGAGAAUAUAACAAACUCCGAUAUUACAUUCGAUUAUGGUCAAUGUGGUAAAAAUUACUUGAAAUAUACUCCAUGCUUAUCUUCGGAAGAGACUACUUCAUCGUCAGUGCAACAAGGACUAGGGUUUCAGGUAAAAGAUCUGCAAAACCCUCAACGUAUAAAAGUGAUUGAAGAUAUUCUACAAAAUAGAAGAUAUAAGAGAGAACAUGUAAGAUCUCCUUUAGUCAAUGAUCAUGAAAACAAUUUCAGAAAAGAAAAACAAACUGAUUUAGAUGAAUUAGAUAUUUUAAUGGAAUGUAAAAGAAAUUUCUAA